AUGGGUGAUGAUCAGCAGAGCAGAGGCGGGCGGAGACAAGAAGUGCUUGUCACGUCAAAGUGCUGCAGCUUGUUGACAUGUUGUUGUUUUUUUAACUGUGUCUCAGGGAGCGUCCUCAUAAAGACCAUGGUGUUCCAGCUGGAGACGGACACAAGCUACGUGGAGAUGGUUCCUCUGAAACCGCUGAACCUCCGCGCCUUCACUCUGUGCAUGCGCGUGGCCACUGAGCUGAGAGGAGAGCGUGAGGUCAUACUGUUCGCGUACCGCACGGGAAACUACGACGAGCUGAACGUGUGGCGGGAACUGGACGGAAGAUUGUCCUUCUACCUGAGUGGAGAUGGUGUUAUGUUUGAAGUCCCUCAGCUCGGGGCCCUGGAGACUCACCUGUGCAUCACCUGGGACUCCAGAUCUGGCGCAGCUGCCCUCUUCAUGGAUGGCAGGAAAAGCUUGACCAAGAUUUACAAGAAAGGUCACACCAUCCGUUCUGGAGGCAAGGUCAUCGUCGGACAGGACCCAGACUCGUACCUGGGUGAUUUUGAAGCCAAGCAGUGUUUCCUGGGCGAGAUUGCUGACAUAAACAUGUGGGACUCUGUCCUACCGGCUUCCACCAUCCAGGACAUUUACUCAGGGAAGAGGGUGCUGAGGGGCAAUGUUUUUGACUGGGAAACCAUAGAGCUUAAAGUUAUAGGCGAGGUCAAUGUCAUUACACGUGAGCUGUAGAUUUCCUGGACACAUUUUUGAGAUUUUGUGAGCUUUAACAUAAGGGCCAUAUCUUUAAUAUGGGAGAGUAAAAAUUAAACCCUGAACUAACCUUUAAAGAAAGGAUAUUGCUGUAAUUCUCUUCAAUAAAAACAAUUUUAUGAUAUAAUGAGUGUAUCUUGUCAUAUAAAAUACAUGACGCCAAACAUUUCC